AUGCUCACACCGGCAGUGCCAGAGAUCAUUGAGGAUGAAGAUAUUGGACUGGCGGUUGAUGCGCGAACAGAGAGCCUGCCCGGACUGCGCGAGUUAGGGCCUCCUGACCUUGUUCACUUGGUCAAACAGAGUACAAAAGCAGGCGCAAAGCAGACGGGUGUAUACCACCAUGUCACAGGCGUCGACGCAUCCUCCUCGGCCAGUCUGGCCGCCUAUGUCAACACCCUUACGUUCAAUCCCUCCGACAAGACGCAUAAAGUUGUGUCUGGCCUGUAUUGUUGCUACAACGCCUUCUCGCACCUGGACAUGCGGGUGGAGGUGAAGAUCCCUGGCAGCGUAGAAAGCUAUUGUGUGGACGAAAGAGGAGACCGGCGCGUGGCAACAGACGGGCUUUGGCUGGAGACAUUCCUUUGCGCAGUACUGCGUGCAUACUCCUAUUCCGAUGAUGGAAGUGGUGAUACAAUUAAGAAAAUCAUUGGUAUUAGGAGGUUUAACCCUAUCACCAACACCGAACAGGAACAUCGGUUCUUCGAGGCUGCUGAGAGGCUCUUCUUCAGCGGUCGCCAACUUGGCUCCGACCCCGAGAUCCAAAUCCCGAACGUCGUGUCGAACCACUUGACUGCCGGCCUUCUCAAGUACAUAAGGACUACUGGACGGUACACAUCAGGUAUCAACUUGUUCGAAAAGCUACGGACGAAGGACGUGGAAGUGUCUUCGCUACUGGCAAGGGUGCUUCUGGAUGGUGAUGAAGAAAUCCAGGCUGUCCGAUUACUGCACGACUCUCUGCAGGAUGUGCCGAUGGACUACGCUCUCCUCGAUUGCCAGGCAGCCUUUUGCCAGAGCAAAGGCGAGGGUGAGUGGGCUCUGGAACUGGCCAAGCAAGGUGUCACUGCGGCCCCCAGCGAGUUCAGUACUUGGGCUCGUCUGGCGGAGGUCUACGUUGAUCUAGAGCAGUGGGACCUCGCCCUCCUUACCCUGAACUCUUGUCCCAUGUUUUCAUAUCAGGACAAAGAUUCGCCCAGGAUGCCAGAACCGAGUCGGGUGCUCUUGCCCAUCCUUCCAGAGAGCGUACUGGACGAGAUCGACGAGGGACAACCUCGACAAGGAGAACCUUUCGACCAAGUCCAUGUGUCGUUGAGAAAACUGCAGGCUGCCACUUAUCAAGGCACUUUCUUGAAAGCUUAUAGCCUGUUGACACGUAUUGCUGCGUCGAUUGGAUGGGACUCGCUGUUGAAGACACGCAGUCUGGUUUUUGUCAUGGAAGAAGAAUAUCGAUCGGAGAGACAUCACUCGGUGACUCCGAAAAUGCCGACCAGCAAGAAUGCCAGUACAAUCGCACUAUCUGGAACUCCGAACGGACAGCCUCAAACUAGCAACGGGGAUGGCUUAGGAGAUGACGGUUCAGACGAAGAAUCUGCAGCGGAUGAGGAGAAGACUCUCGCUGAAGGAGGGUCAACAGCACCCAAAGUCAACGGUGACACAGAAGAAAAUCCCAUGAUACAGGCAGAUCGGUCUAUGGAGAAGCCCGUCCCAACGAUUGCAGCAGAAGAGGUCAAGUCAGGUAACGAUGACGCCGAAGCCAAUAACUCGCAAUAUCCGAAAUUCCUGAACAAACGGUUGUGUGAGCGAUGGCUAGAUAAUUUGUUUAUGGUACUCUAUGAAGACCUCCGGAUCUACACGAUCUGGCGGACGGAAAUGGGACAGUACCGUCAGCAGCAAAUGCAGUACAAGAAGUCGGCGGCGGAAUGGGAGAUCCUGGGAGACCUUGCCGAGCGACUACACCACACCAACGAAGCUCUGGAAGCCUAUCAGCAGUGUCUCAAUAUCCGAUUUUCGCCCAAAGCCAUGAGAGGAAUCAUGCGGAUGUAUGAGAAGAAAGGUGACACGAGGAGCACUCUCGCAUGCCUGAUCCGCCUCAUCACCUGGCAAUACCGGUGGUAUUCCGAGUUCUCGCCGGAGCUCUUCUACUCGAUACGAAAGCUCAUCGAAGAGGAGGGUGCUGUCAAAGUGCGCAGCAUCGUACAAUCGACCAAUCUGCCGCAACAUGUCCUUGACCUGACGCAUGAGUACUGCCAACUCUGCGUGACUUUCCGGAGCAACGGUACAGACGGCUGA